AUGAGCGGUGUCCCGGGCGGCCGCCCCCCGACCUUCUCCGGGCUCCCAGGUAGGGCCGGGACGGGGGCCGAGGGUCCUGGGGAGGCUCGGGGCGCUCGGACCCCUGAGCCAGUGUCGGUCCCCGCAGGGGAGCGGGUGCUCGAGGAGGCGGCGGGCGCCCGGCAGCGCUGCGGGAGCGGCGGCGGCUCCGUUCCGGGGACGCUGCUCUGCACCGAUCGCCGCCUCGCCUUCCUGCCCGGCCAGGCUCCUGGCUCCCGUGGCCUCCUCCACUGUGAGGGUGAGGUGGCCCUGCCCUGCAUCCAUAAGCUGGUGGCAGCCAGCAGCUUCUCCAAGCCCAAGGUGCUGACAGCCGCCUCCACCCUCAAGUUCAUCCCUGAGGAACUCGCUGUCUUCUGUAGGGAUUUCCGCCUGCUCCGCUUCUACUUCCCUGGGAAUGGGUUGGCUCCGCAGGCGUUCCGGGUGGCCAAUGCCAUCGCACAGGCACGGGAGGCGGCUGCGUGGCUGGGGGAUGCUGCCAAGGAACACGAUGGCUGGUCCUACCCUGGCGAAGACCCCCCGGAGGAAGAGGAGGAGGAGGAGGAGGAAGGCUCAUCCACCAUGCUACUCUUCGAGAGCCUGCGGGACUGGGAGAAGGAGCUGCGUCGUCUUGGCGCAGUGGGCUGGAGGGUGAGCGCCGUCAACGAGCGCUUUGACAUGGCCCCCAGCCUCCCCCAGUACCUGUGGGUGCCCAGCGGGCUUCUGGACCAUGACCUCAAGCGAACCUUUGCCCACUUCCAGGAGCGCCGGGUGCCUCGCCUGUGCUGGCACCACCCGGGUGGGGGGGACCUGCUGAGAGCCGCCAGCUUUCACCCGGCCUCAGAGCCAGGCAGUGAGGACAUGAGGUGCCUGGAGGCGCUGCUGCUGGGGGACCGCGGGCCCUGCGUGCUGGCCGAUGUGGCGGAGCUGCCCACGCUCGCUGACAUCCAGCUCGCCCACAUGAGGCUGCGGGAGCUCUGCCUGCCUGGUGCGGUGGCAGAGGAGAAGUGGCUCUCGGCCCUGGAGGGGACACGCUGGCUGGACCAUGUCCGCACCUGCCUGAGAAAAGCUGUGGAGGUGGUGUCGCUGCUGGCAGGGAAGUGCUGCUCCGUGGUCCUGCAAGAGCCCUCGGACCGGGACCUGAACUGCCUCCUGGCCUCUCUGGUGCAGCUUCUGGGGGACCCCCACGCCCGCUCCCUGCCUGGCUUCCAGAGCCUGGUGCAGCGGGAGUGGGUGGCAGCUGGACACCCCUUCCCAGACCGGCUGGGGCUGCUCUGCCGGGAAACCCCUCGAGAGGAGGCCCCCGUGUUCCUGCUGUUCCUGGACUGCACGUGGCAGCUCCUGUGGCAAUUCCCAGCAGAUUUUGGCUUCACUGAGGCUUUUCUCCUGGCACUCCACGACAGCAGCUUCAGCCCCUACUUCAGCACUUUCCGCUUCAGCUGCCAGCGCCAGCGGGGCCACAGCAGCAUGCCCCGGCACCCCAGCCAGACCUACCGGCCCAUCGGGGGCUGGCCGGACCCUGGGGGGCUCAGGGGAAGCCCCCGCACCUGCACCUUCCCCCCGGUCUGGGCCUGGGGGCGGCGCUACACCCGGCAGCAGCAGGAGCAGUUCCGGAACCCAGUGGGACCCCCGGCCCCUGCUGAGUCCCUGGCCCCAGGCACGGCCCUAAUCCCUACUCCCUCUCAUCCCUCAGCCCAGCUGGAUAUCCCUCCAUUUUUCCUAAUCCCUGUUUUGUCCCUUUCCCAGCCUGGAGACCCCUGCCUGUGGAGGGGGUCCAGGCUGGUGCUGGCACUGGCCAAGGGCUCAUUGUGCCCCCACCCCCUGCCCUGGUGGAGCCGCCCUCCCCUGCGCCCCCCACACCGGGUGUCCCCAUCAGAGAGCCAGGGGAUGCAAAGGGGGCUCUUGGGGGCCUGCAAGCCCCUGCCGGGGCUGCUCCUGCCCUGCACUGCUGGGCCAUGCAUCCGGCUGUGGCACCGCUGCUACCUCAGGGGGCUGCCCCAGGAACAGCGUGGGCGCUUGGCCCCAUCCGUGGCCGGGCUGGCUGAGGAGCUGGAGCUGCUCCAGGACCGGCUCCAUGCCUGGAACACGCAGAGACCCCACUGA